CGGGCUCGGUGGUCGCUGGUGACGCCGCCAGGCAGCGAUGCGGGCCCCGGGCGCUGCCGGCAGCCGGCCCCCGCCGUGAGCCGGUGGGGCUCGCAGGCCGGCCCGCGGGGCGCAUGGAGGCAUCCGCCGCGCUCUGCGAGGUGUGAGUCCCCGCGGGACAGCGCGGCUCGGCCCCGCCGCGCCAGCGGCCCCGGGCCCCGCUCAGCGGCCGCGGCAGAGCCAGGAGGGGUCGGCACCGACACCGGCACCGGCGUCGCGGCGGCCGCCGCCUCCUGAGACAUGAAGAAGUUCUUCGACUCGCGCCGGGAGCAGGGCGGCUCCGGGCCCGGCUCGGGCACCAGCGGCGGCGGCGGCGGCAGCAGCGGCCCGGGCAGCGGCUACAUCGGCCGGGUCUUCAGCAUCGGCCGGCACCAGGUCACGGUGGACGAGGUGCUGGCGGAAGGUGGCUUUGCAAUCGUGUUCCUGGUGAGGACGAGCAAUGGGGUGAAGUGUGCCCUGAAGAGGAUGUACGUCAAUAACGAGUACGACCUGCAGGUCUGCAAGAGAGAGAUCCAGAUCAUGCGGGAUCUGUCUGGCCACAAGAACAUUGUGGGCUACAUCGACUCCAGCAUCAACUCAGUCAGCAGCGGGGACGUGUGGGAAGUGCUGAUCCUCAUGGACUUCUGCCGGGGGGGACAGGUGGUGAACCUGAUGAACCAGCGCCUGCAGACCGGCUUCACCGAGAGCGAGGUCCUGCAGAUCUUCUGCGACACCUGCGAGGCCGUGGCCCGGCUGCACCAGUGCAAGACCCCCAUCAUCCACAGGGACCUGAAGGUUGAAAACAUCCUGCUGCAUGACCGUGGCCACUACGUCCUGUGUGACUUUGGGAGUGCUACCAACAAAUUCCAGAACCCUCAAACAGAGGGGGUGAACGCAGUCGAGGAGGAGAUCAAGAAGUACACGACGUUGUCCUACAGAGCACCAGAGAUGGUGAACCUGUACAGUGGCAAACUCAUCACUACAAAAGCUGACAUUUGGGCCCUGGGCUGUUUGCUGUACAAGCUGUGCUACUUCACCUUGCCCUUUGGGGAGAGCCAGGUGGCCAUUUGUGACGGCAACUUCACCAUCCCGGACAACUCGCGGCACUCGCAGGACAUGCACUGCCUCAUCCGCUACAUGCUCGAGCCAGACCCUGAUAAGAGGCCUGACAUUUAUCAGGUGUCCUACUUUGCAUUCAAACUGGCCAAGAAGGACUGCCCGGUGCAGAACGUCCAGAACUCUCCAAUCCCUGCUAAACUCCCAGACCCAGUUAAAGCAAGUGAAGCUGCUGCAAAGAAGAGUCAACCAAAGGCCAGGCUCACAGACCCCAUCCCUACCACAGAAACGUCCAUAGCACCCCGCCAGCGACCUAAAGCAGGACAGACCCAGCCCAACCCUGGAAUUCUGCCCAUCCAGCCAGCCCUGACGCCCAGGAAGAGAGCCACAGCCCAGGCAGCCAUUCAGCCGCAGGCUGCAGGCGCGGCUGCCCUGGGCAGUGCCCAGCCCUCGCUCCCUGCCAGCACCCCCCAGCCAAAAGCAGCCCCCCAGCAGCCUCCAGCCCAGCCCCAGGCCAAGCCGGCAGCAGCGCCCCAGGCACCGCCCCAGGCCCCCUCGGCACAGCCCCAGGCCACCCCUCAGCAUCAGCAGCAGCUUUUCCUGAAGCAGCAGCUCCUGCAGCAGCAGCAGCAGCAGCAGCAGGCUGCCUACUUCCAGCAGCAGCAGCAGCAGCAGAUGAUGCAGGCACAGCAGUUCCCAGUGGUGCAGCAAGGAGCGCCCGCGCAGCAGCAGCAGCUGAUGCAGAACUACUACCAGCAGCAGCAGCAGCAGCAGCUGCUGGCCCAGCAGGCAGCUAUGCAGCAGAAGACCACAGCAGCAGCAGCAGCAGCUCAGCAGAAGCAGCAGCCCCAGGCCCAGCCUGGCACGGCACCGCCGGCGCAGCCACAGGAGCAGGGGGCGCAGGUGCAGGCUCAGAGGCAGCAGCAGGCACAGGGGCAGAAGCUGGGCUCCCUCACGCCGCCGUCCUCGCCCAAGGCGCAGCGCGCGGGGCACCGCCGCAUCCUCAGCGACGUCACCCACAGCGCCGUGUUCGGCGUGCCCGCCAGCAAAUCCACCCAGCUGCUGCAGGCUGCCGCCGCCGAGGCCAGCCUCAACAAGUCCAAAUCUGCUUCCACCACGCCCUCGGGCUCGCCAAGGACCUCGCAGCAGAAUGUCUACAACCCCCCCGACAUGUCCACGUGGAACCCCUUUGAUGAUGACAACUUCUCCAAGCUGACAGCCGAGGAGCUGCUGAACAAGGACUUUGCAAAGCUGGGGGAUGGGAAAGCUCCAGAAAAGGCAGGCAGCUCCACAGAGAACCUGAUCCCAGGUUUCCAGCCCGCUGCGCCCGCGGCCCCGGCGGAUGCCUUCGGUGGCUCCUCCUUCCCUGCUGGGCCAGCAGAAAAAACGAAAGACAUUCUGAGUUUGGACUCUAGCCCUGCUCUUCUGACUGUGCCUGAUCCUUUCAUCCCUCUCCCGUUAUCCGACACCCCAGGUGUGCAGAGGGCUCCGGGCCGGUUCCCCGCCGUCGCUCUCGAGCUCUGUAAAGGAGAUCCCGGCAGGGACGGACGCGCCUCGUACCAGGGUCAGCCCGAGAUGCUGGAGGGGAAAGUGCAGCACAACUCAGAGCCGGAGUACUUGGCCAGAGAUGGACCUUCAAGCAACAGCUCCUUCUACAGCAGCGAAGGAGAGGGGACAGACCACGAGGGAGAUAUUCUGGAUUGCAGCGGGUCCAGGCCUUUACUGAUGGAUUCGGAAGAGGAGGAGGAGACGUGCAGGUUGUGCCCGGGGUUCCUGCAGCCUGUGCCCAGGCACGAGGCCUCCAAAGAGGAUCCCCAGUCCCAGGCCAGAGCAGGGGAGCCACUGUUCCCGGCCUUCCAGUCGCACAGCGGGGAGGCUUUUAACGAACCCGACGUGUUUGCCACGGCCCCUUUCCGAAGCUCCAGGAAGGUCCCCGAUGAAGUGGAUGUCUUUACCAAAGCUCCUUUUAUCUGUAAGGGCAACGCGGCUCUGCGGCAUCCAGAGGAAACAGAUGUGUUUCUGAGAGCCCCUUUCACCAAGAAGAAAAGCGUGGAAGAGUUGACUUGCCACAAGGAGCCGUUCACAGCGCCCGUUUUCCUGAGCCAGGGAGGCGACGGCCGAGCUCAGCCGAUGUUCCCGGGCCUGGAUCCGGCAGCGCACGGCUCCGUGGCCUCGGCGAGAGCUCCGCAUCCUUCUGCUGCCUUUGCCCAGCCAGGCAAUGUCCACCCCUGCUCCGUCAGAGCCGUGGAGGCCCAGGAGAGCAGCCCUGCCAAAGCGGCGCUGCCCGAGCAGGGCGACGCGCUGGGCUCCGUGGCCAAGCAGCCCUUCCGUCCGCAGUCCCUGUCCAAGUACUCCCGGCACUACGGCCCCGCCGACGGGCCGGGGCUGGAGGCCCAGCCCAUAGCUGCUUACAAAGUGGUGUCUCACACCAACAGACAGGCCAUAGCGGGCUCUGUCUCGGUUGUCCCGCUGUCUUCCAGGACUACGGAGCUGCCCGGCGCUGAUCCCUUCGCCUCGGCGCCCUUCCCUUCCAAAGCAGCCAAGCAGAAGCCUUGACGUGCCUGAGCAGGGGCUGUGCUGCCUGCAGGGCCGCCUCGUGAGGGCCUCAGACCUCUGCGCUGGACUGAAUGACAUAGCAAUAUAUACAUAUAUAUAUAUAAAGUAAUUAUUAUUUUUGGUCAGAACUCUAUUUGCAGUGAUAUAUAGUUGAACCAUUUAAGUUAUGUUUUUCCGAAUGCCGGGCUCUCAGGAUCCUCGUAUCCUUUCCAGUUGCUUCUCACCUUCCUCCUCUCACUGUCUUCCCUCCAUUUAUUUUUUUUUGAAGCUUUUCUCGAACCAGCAGUAUUUCCAUAUUUUCUGGGGUUCUCCUGGGUGGAGGAAUGCACUACAAGAUGAAUUAAAAGGUUUAUUAAUUACAGAGCGAGUCAAGCAGGACUUGCUAAUGCUCUGGAAAGGACAUGAUUUCACAGGUUAAAGGCUUAUUGUGACUUUUGCUCUCAGUGACAUUCCUGCUGCUCGGCAGCAGCGGCAGCCACGGCCCUGUGGGUGCUGUGCCACAGAGGCAGAGCCGUGCUGGGAUGUCUGGUGCCAGUCUGGGCAGUGCUGGUGGGAGCAGAGCCAGGGCAGCAGCACAGCCGUGGAUGGAACACGAGGCCGUGCUGCUGCCCCGGGCUGGGGCUGGGGCAGGGAAGCUGUUGUGAGCCCAGUGAGGCAAUCAGGCUGCUCCUGGUGCUGGAAAAUCAACGAGCAAACAAUCGGCAGAGCUUUCACUUUUCAUGGUUGCGAUGACAAUGAUGAUUUUAGAGCAGAAAUACUUGGGUCUGAUGGCAAGCUGCCUGACCAGCCAGGGCCGGAGUUUGGCCUUGACUGGGAGGGUUUCCCUAAAGUAUCUUACAAACAAACUUUUAUUAAUAAUCAAUGGUAACAUGAACAACCUACAAAGGAUAUAAAUAAUGUCAGGUAAUUAACUUACAGCUCAAUCCCUUUAUAAAAACUCCAUGUAUUAGCAUUACGAUAUAAACAAUAUAUUCAGAAUUACCAAUCAUCCCAACUGUUUCUUGUGUAAAUAUGUUUAAAGUUACGGCCCAAACCUCACAAACCAGUCACUGAACAAGCUCCAUUCAUCUUGUCCCUUCAGUUUCCCCAGCUGAUGAUGGAGUCAGAGUAAGAGGCUGGUCAGACCACCUUUGCAGGUACCCAUCGUGGACCAGAAUAUGUGGAACCAUGAGAAUAUCCUCCCCUCCAGGUUAUUAAUGGAAAGGGACCUUCACAUUUUCUACUUUCAGGAUUCUUAACAAAUACUUGAGCUUUUUCUAGGUGAGUUUGUGAUCCACUGAAAGGGCAUUGGACUGGGGUUAGGUCAUUCUGAAGGUGAUUCAAAAAAUUUAUAUAUAUAUAUAUAUAUAUAUAUAUAUAAGGUUUCUUGCAGUCUUUUGUGGGGGUAUACCCUAUCACCAAGUUGGAAGAGACCUUCAAGCUCAUCAAGUCCAACCCAGCCCCAACACCUCAACUAAACCCUGGCACCAGGUGCCACAUCCAGUCUUUUUCUGCACACUUCCAGGGAUGGAACUGUGACAACAACAAAACCCCUCCAGCAACAUUUUUAGAGAAUCAAGGCUUUACUUUGCUUCAUGCAAGGAUGUGCAGCAGCAAUAAUUUCAUCCACACACAGCCCGGGCAUUCAGAGGGAAUCACUCUACGACACGUGAGUUUUGGUAGAUUUUUUCACCUCUUUUACACAGUCACAACCCCAUAGAAAUUCGUUGGUUCGAGGGAGGUGGUUUUAGUUUUAAAUCUGUGUUCCCCCAGGUCGGUUGUAGCUGGAUGGGAUCAGUGAGAGACGCAGAGAACGGCUGUGAGAGCAAACUGUGAAUUCAAGGACAGCCACCAGCCUGUGUGACAGCCCCGCUGAGCCAGGAGCUGCCCCUGAGCUCUGCACUCUGCUGGGAAGCUGCUGGGAGGGAGGUCAGGCCCUGGUGCUGUGGGAUGGACCCAUGGAUCAGGGAGGUGCUUUGCUGGAGUGAGCCGGUACCCUGUGUGCGCCACGUGGGUUCGGGGUGUCACCUCUGCUCACUGCAUUCAGGUUCUCCUUCCUUCUCUUCAUUUUUACUUGAAAAAUUGCUUCUGAAUAAUCCAGUGGAGCUUCUGUCAGUGCCACGUGCAGUCGCACAGAGCUGGUGCUGGAGGAGCAUCAGCCUGUCCCUUCACGCUGGGAGCAAGGGAAGGUGCACUGAGCCGCGCGGGCUCCACUCCAGCCCUGCUCAGCCCAGCUCAGGCUGAAUUUCCAGCUGGCAUUUUGGCAGCUUUUCUGUCCUCCAGGCACUUUACAGGAACAGCAGGCUGACUGUGCCACAGAGCUCAUGAUCCUGCCAGACAUAUCCAGUUCUUAAACUCUUUUAAAUCUCUUCUAGGGGUGGAGGCAGCUCGUUUGUAUCUCUGCGUGUGACUCAUAACGUAAUGGGAUGUCUGGUUAUGGUCAGAAGACUCAAUUUCAGUGCCUGUUAGUCUAAUACCCUUCUCAUUUCCAGCCUGUUUUCCUCCUAAUCCUAUACUACCACUGCUGCAGCCUCAGCGUGAUGAGUUGUAAGUGGAAAUUUAAUUUCCAUAGCAUCUGAAGCUUAUUGUUUUAAUGAAUGUGGAAGAAUCAUGGUAAUUAUUUGCCACACAAUCAGUGAUCUUAAUGAAGUGAGACUUACACAGACUCAAUGGGUGUGUUUUGAAAUCAGUUUGCUGAAAAGAACCACUGGUUGCACGUGUUUUGUAACGCUGUAGUAAGAGGUGUUCACUGCCCUGCGCCCGUACCACGUCAAUCCUGGAUUCCUGCUGGCAGAGGGACUGGCUCCUGCUUCUCACCCACGGAAUGCACUAAAGUCUCUGUUCAAAGUGAUCAGUCAGAGUUUCUGCCCGAGUGAAACAAGCAGCUGUCUCUCACUGCCUGUCGUCCCCAGCUGCUGCAGGACUUUGGGGGUUGUCCCAGUGUCCCCUCUCCUGCCGUCACCCCGACCCCGUGUGAGCACUGGUGACACGGCCUGAUCGCGUCCUCAGUGCCACAGCAGCAAAACCGGGCGAGAUCUGCUUAAUUGCUGAACUCAAUCACUCCAAAGUGCUAAUCAGUUAUUUAACUCAGCUUCCACCAAAGACUCUUGUGUUGGGGAGUUGAAUUUUUGUGGGUUUUUUUAAUUUCCUCACAGUGUUAAAUCAAUGCCUUCAAGCACACUGACAGACCCCAAAGCAUUUUUACGGUUGUAUCAUGACGCUGAAAUCCUGCUCCAGUUCUGAAACACAUUCCUGAAACCUGAACAGCUGCAUGAGCAUUUCUAGAAAUAACCCACAGCCUGUAGUUUCUGCUGUAGGUGGGCAAACAGCCUCCCGCACACCUGGAAAUACUCCCUGUGAAGUUAGAGGGAUAAUGUUGAUCAGCGUUCCUGAUCCCUUGCCUCCAAAGGGAUGGGGUGGGAGGGCAGGGGGCUCGCUCUGGUGUGGGAUGCAGCAGGUGGAGCAUCCCACACACCGAGUCUGGCCCUGGAAAAACUCCUUUGUGUCCAGGAGGAGCUGGAGCUGGGAGUGUCCGUGGUCCCCACAGUGAUGCACAGUGACACACAGUGACUUGUGUCCCCCGGUCCCCUCUGUGCCCCCCAUGCCUGGCAGAUCCCUGGGCACAAGUUUUGCACUCCGGUUGGGAUCGUCUGUUCCUGGUAAUCAUGAAGAAAUGUUCCACUUGUAAACUUAUGUACAUUUUAUUAAAACUGUAUCUGAUGACAA